AUGCUCAACGCCCAAGUGCCAGCCGUUGACACGACCAUCUCCCUCAAGGAGUUCCUCAAGUCUGCACCGCCAGCACCAAAACCCAAAGAGGCCACCCCCUUCUACCACUCAGCGAUCCCCGUCAAGUCGCUGGUUCAGCGGUACAGAACCGUGGGAAACCUGGGAUCGGGCAGUUUUGGAACCGUGACGCUGGCGAAGGUCCGCGCCAACGCCCUCGCAGGCAUCUUUGACGAGAUGAAACUCUGUCAGGGAACCCUUCUGGAGCCGCUGAAAAACGUCAAUCGAGCAAAACUGGAUGUGGUGGCUAUCAAAACAAUGACCCGAAGACUGGCCAAUCUGGACGACUACUCAAAGGUGAAGGAAGUCAAAUUCAUCCUUGCCGUGUCCUCCCACCCCUCGCUGGUCCAGAUCUAUGACAUAUUCAUCGACAAGGAAACGUUCAAGCUCCACAUAGUCAUGGAGUCCAUGGAUCAGAACUUGUACCAGCUCAUGAAGUACAGAAAAAAUUGCUUGUUCUCCCCAUACACUCUGAAAUCGAUCCUGUCCCAGAUCUUAGCUGGCAUAAGACACAUCCAUAAACAUGGCUACUACCACAGGGAUGUCAAGCCGGAAAACGUUCUUAUCAUGCAAUCCUCAAAUUUCUAUGGCUCCAAGGAAAAUAUUCCUGAGAGCAAGAGACACCAGGCGUACGUGAUUAAGCUGGCAGACUAUGGACUUGCAAGACAAGUCGAGAACAAAAGGCCUUACACCGCGUAUGUCUCCACCAGAUGGUACAGGUCCCCAGAAAUCCUGCUCAGACAGAAACACUACUCCUAUCCCGUGGAUAUAUGGGCAUUUGGAUGUGUGGCAGUCGAGUCGGCAACGUUUCUUCCCUUGUUUCCAGGAAGCAACGAGCUCGACCAAACUUGGAGGGUCCUGGAAGUCCUCGGAUGCCCUGAAAAGAGCGAGAAAGCGCCCCUUGGUGGAUUUUGGGACGAGGCUCAGAAAUUGUCUAGCAACCUCGGAUUCCAUCUGCCAAGGCUUCCUGGUGCCUCUAUCGAGGAAUUGAUCCCAAGAUUUGAUCUUCCAGACAAGGACAGGAAAGAACUGUGUGAUGUGGUCAAGGAAUGUCUGGUCUGGGACCCAAAUCACCGUAUUGGCGUCGACGAGCUUUGCCAAAUGAGUUACUUUAAAAACACCGUCGUGAACGGGCCAGAGCCGGCUUCUACGCCUGCACACAGGAACGUGACCAAGGUCGCCCCUGAAAGUCUCAAUUGGCUAUCCAAAAAUACCCCCAACGUCAUCAACGACGAAAAUAUCAACGAGAGCUCCUCACACCGUCUGCGUAAGGUGCCACAUCUUAACAUGUUCAAAUUUGGCAAAUCUGAAAAGCAGAACCCACAAAACUUUUCGUUUGCAGGAAGUCUCAAGGAUGAGACUAACAACAAGCAAAUCGAUGCAAAGCCAUACCAAAAUGAUAACUAUAUGGCGGUGAAAACCAAGCCUCAAAGCGUCGAGCCAGAAAAGGCAGAUCAGGAAUGGGAGCUCAACGACGACGAUUCUGAUUAUGGAGACGACGAGGACAGCGGCUUGAUUGAGCCACUAUACAUCGGCGAGUCGUACCCACUCAUCCAGCUCGACGAUAAAGACCUUGGACAAAAGCCAAUUCCUGGAAACGUGGACGGCUCGUUUGAUCCCCAGGUGUGCAUUGUCCGAGGAGACGAGCGCGCGGAUAAUCAUUUCGUCGACUAUGCUUUGGACGAGGAGCUUGGUGGCUAUGAUGACAUGGUGUCGUGUCCGUGGAAUGCCGGCCACCCGGCUCCAUGA